CUUUUGUGUGGCUGUCUCAUGUAUGAGUACGAGUCGGGUCCCAGAGAUGAUACAGUAGCGUUCAUGUCCUGGCAACACUGCGACGUCCCGCUUCCAGCCCCUGCAACUCAAAGGUCUACAUGCCGCCAUGCCUCCAGCGCGAGGUGUCAAGAAGCCCAAGGACGACAAGAGUGACCAUCGGGUCUUGGCCAACCGGUACGUGGUGGAGAAGAAGCUAGGCAGUGGCAAUUAUGGCACGGCUUACCUGGUGCACGACACCAAGGCAAACACCAGCAAAGGGGAGGAGGAAUGGAAGGUCCUGAAGGAGAUAUCAUGCAGCGAUUUAGCUCCUGAUGAGACAGUAGACGCCAUGCAUGAGGCUAAGCUGCUCUCCAAGCUCCACCAUCCAAACAUCGUCAGGUUUAACGACAGCUUCUUGGAUGGGGAAUUCUUCUGCAUCAUCACAGAGUACUGCGAGGGUGGGGAUCUGGACGAUAAGAUCACAGCUUACAAGAAGUCAGGACGACAGGUUGACCAAACCCUGAUCAUGGAUUGGUUCGUUCAGCUGGUUCUGGCAGUUCAGCACAUGCACAGCAGGAGAGUGCUUCACCGUGACUUGAAGACCCGUAAUAUCUUCCUGAAGAACAACAUGAUCAAGAUCGGUGACUUUGGCAUCUCCCGUGUCCUGAUGGGAACCACUGACAUGGCCAGCACGUUCACCGGUACCCCGUACUACAUGAGCCCCGAGGUGCUGAAACACGAGGGCUACAAUUCCAAAUCUGACAUCUGGUCAAUCGCCUGCAUUCUCUACGAGCUGUGUUCCCUCCAACAUGCCUUUGAGGGCCAGUCACUGAUGGGCGUCAUGUACAAGAUAGUAGAAGGCAAGACACCGGAGAUACCAAAGAAAUAUGACAGUAACAUCCAGGAGCUAUUAAAUGUAAUGCUGAACAGAGAUCCUGCCAAAAGGCCCUCAGCUACUGAAGUCACCAAGCUGCCAUUUGUAUUGAGACACAUGGAGAAGAUGAAGAAGAGGAUCGCGGAGAUUAAAGAACAUCGGGAGGAGACGCGGGAGUACAUCGAGCGAGACACGCAGGAGCUGGCUACUUUACUGCGAGAGAAGACACACAUGGAAGACCUGAAGGACGUCUCGCUAAAAGAGCCCAUCCCCCAGCAGACACAACCCCACCCCCAGCAGCACCGGACACAGAGCCCCUCCGUCCAAGACCCCUACCAGAACCUGACGCCCAAGGAACGCAUGAGGAUCCGUAAGAUGCAAAUGGCUGAUGAGAAGGCACAGAUCUUUAGCGCACAUGCAAGAAACAACCUGGUCAAGAAUAUUCAGAGGAAAGAGGAGCUGAAGGGAACGAUAGGGACCUUCAAUCGGCCGGCCUGGCAGGGCGGACGGGGAGAGCAACAUCAACCCAUGUAUUACGACGAGCCCCAACAAGGGUACGUCGGUGAGGGAUCGUUCAGGAGCCGGCUACCAGGGACAUCGCCAGACAUCUACUACGAAGACGAUGGUGGAAUGGGCGACUCGGGCAGUAACUGGGAGAGAGAGGACAUGGGAACAGUCAGAGAAGGUACAGUUUCCUACCAUUCCUAUGAGGACAGGCCUAUCAAGUCAGCAGUGUCCCCCAGUGCAUAUACAAAGGAAGGACCAUACCAAUCUUACGACGACAGACCAAUUAAGCCAGCCGUGUCACCCAAUCCCUACAGUGAGGAUGGUAUGGGCACCUUGAAGGCACCCUCAGCAGGUGAUGAUCGCCCCAUCACGCCCCUCAAGAAAGGGCUGAAUCUGGAUGAUCCCAACAUCUCUCUUGCCACCCCACCGGGCCUCAAACCACUCCAGACCAAGAAAACACCAGCUAAAAAAACAGAGCAGGCCAAGACUGCCCCGAGCAAGUCGGCCAAGGGCACCAAGCCAGCCCUGCUCAAGACCUCCCAGCAAGUCAGCAAGCCUGUCAAGUCACCGACGUCGCCCACCAAGAAGGCUGCUCCCCCAACCUCCCGGACCAAUGCCAAGCCCAAGAAGGAAUCUCCCGAAUCGCCCACCAAAGUCCUGACCAGGGUCGCUGAGACCAUCCCAGCUGAUGCUGACGCAGCAGAGACAUUCUACUCACAGCAUGAAGACUUCGAGUCGGGCUCCGAGUCGGGUGAUGAUGUGGGCUCUGAUAUGGACGAUGAAUACGACGCAUUGAUGGAGUGCAUGCAGAGUGCAUUGGACACAGACUCUGGAGAUCAAGGUGCGACGUUGAAAGACAACACACUCAGUCCUUUCUCCCCAGCCAUGAGAGAGACAAAGAUCAAAAAUCUCAGAGCUGAGUGCGAGCGCAAAAUUGGCAAGGAGUCCUUCAAGAGUGCCUACGCCUUCCUCAAGGCGGCACGAUUCGGCGACAAGACGUCGGCGGGCGAUACCACUAUGGACGAGGGGGAGAUCAUGAAGGGGCUGAAAAGGUUUGUCAAGAACCCCAGUGACUGUUUCCUGAUUGAUCAGCUGCUGUUCCUUGAAGAACAGGCGUCAUUUGACAGAUAAUAGAAAGGUGCUUACCGGAACAUGUAUUCUUGAUGAUAUUCCCCUCUGGAUUUAGAACGGCAAGACUCUUUCAGAACUGCUGUUUCAUGAGCAAUGGAUAACAUGUUAGCUUAAAGGUAUGAUCCUGCUAUUCCAUUGCACACUGUAAAUCAUAUUUUUAUAAUUCCAUUCAGUUCAAUUCAUUUUAAAUAGACAUUUAUUUCCAUAUACAUGUACAGCAAAUACACAUUAGUAAAUGAAUAACAAUGGUAAUUAUAUACAGAGAUAUAUUCCUGUAGGGAAAAACUGUUUAAACUUUUGAGGUACUUUAUUUAUCCAGAGUACAUAAUCUCUGUGAUUACCGCAAUUUUACUUUUAGCCAUAGAGUCUUAUUAG